GUGGGGAGCCGGAACAACUUCCGGGAGACUUCAACUUUCCCUCUCCACUUUGCAGAACUUCCUUCAAGCGAUUGCUACUCCGGCUCGCGGGUCCCCGGCUCCCGGCCCCCGGCCCCCCGCCUCAAGCCCCGGCCCGGCCAAGCUGCUUUCUCGCUAGGAAGCAGCAAUGGCGAUGUCUGUGGAUUUUAAAACCAAUGCGGACCAGGCUUGUAGAGCGGCAGAAGAGUUUGUCAAUAUUUACUAUGAGACCAUAGAUAAAAGAAGAAGGGUGCUGACUAGAUUGUACCUUGACACAGCUACUUUGAUUUGGAAUGGAAAUGCUAUAUCUGGAUUGAAGGCUUUGAGUGACUUUUUUGAGAGCUUGCCUUCCAGUGAGUUUCAGAUCAAUGUGGUAGACUGCCAACCUGUUCAUGAGCAAGCCACUCAGAGCCAAACAACCGUCCUUGUGGUGACCUGUGGGACGGUGAAAUUUGAUGGGAACAAACAGCGCUAUUUCAACCAGAAUUUCCUGUUGACGGCCCAAGUCAUGCCAAACAGCACGGUGUGGAAGAUUGCAAGUGACUGCUUCCGGUUCCAGGAUUGGUCUAGUUAGGCCCAACCCAAAAUGGGACUCUCUUGUCUCUGGCCCAAAUGCUCCAGUGUUUGUUUUUUUUGUUUUGUUUUUAGGUUUGUUUUUUAUUAAUGUUUUAAAUUUUUUCGUGUUUUUUUUUAUUGUCCAGUUCAUUUCAGAAGUGCUGUAAACCCAGGGUGAGCCAGAGCUGAUAUGUCUUUAAAAAUGGUGUAAAUUCCUAGUAGCAGCUUUCAUGGUGUCUCUAUAAAAGCAGUGGAAUUACAUUUGUCUGUAACACACCUUUUAAAAUACUCUGUUACUGAAAUGCUGAGUGCUUACUGCUUUGUUAAAAGGGCAACUACACCAAGAUAGCAAACAGUAUAAACCUGAUCUAUCAAAAAAAUGGAAUUCUUUGUGUCCCAUAGGCCCUCCUCUCUUCAGCUUAGCAUUGCACCAUGGGAUGUAUAUGGUUGUACAGGGUAAAUAAUACACAAACACUCACCUCCUUGCAAUAAAUAGGAAAGUAGCCUCAAUUUAGGAGCCAUCAAAGUCAGGAUACAAAACACUGCUUAUUUUUAUUGGCUGGGUUUUCAUAACUGCUCCGAUGUUCUGGAAAUGUACUUGUGAAGUGGUCUUCAGAUUGUGAUUUUUAAUGAAUUAUAAAGUUAAUAUUUAAAACUAGUAGAACCAAGCUGUUUGUGAAACUAGAUAUAUUUGAAUAAAAGAA